UCAUGGUUUCGAUCCUGCCCGUUCGUUUCCCAUUAUGCCCCUGCUUCGCACGUGCCAACGUUCGUUCCUCGUUUCUUCUCUCCCGCGCCGGAGCUAGGGUUAGGGUUUCCAGACUUCUCCUCGCGAGAGCCAUGAGCGCCGAUUCCACGGCGGCGGUGGAGGGAGGAAGAGAAGGAGAAGGUUGCGGAGAGGAAGUGAAGGAAGAGGUGGUGCAAUAUGUGGUGCUUCGGCGAGACCUGGUGGACACGUGGCCGAUGGGAAGCGUGGUGGCGCAAGGAUGUCACGCCGCCGUGGCCGCCGUAUGGGCUCACCGUGAUCACCCGGACACCGUCGCAUACUGCUCCGACGCCAACCUUGACUCCAUGCACAAGGUGACUUUGGAAGUGAAGGGAGAGGCUCAGAUUCGGAAUUUAUCGGAGAAGCUGAAGGUGAACGGCAUCGAUCACAAGCUGUGGAUCGAACAGCCGGAGAACAUUCCAACCUGCAUUGCCACCAGGCCUUAUCCAAGAUCACAAGUGGUCUCAUUCUUCAAAAAACUCAAGCUUUGCAAGUGAGCAUUACUGUGUUUUAUGAAUUUCAUUGUUUGUUUUUUGCAUGAUUGCUAGUGUUUUUCAUUCAUACUUCACAUUGAUAAAGGUUGGAGCUUUUGCUUUAUCAUGAAAUAAAUUGCUCACAUUAUGGAGUUGUUUCUA